GUCGACCACUCUGGACUGCCACCUGAUGUUUUCGUCUGCGCACGGCAAUCGGUGACGAUGAUCGAGAUGAAGUGAAUACAUGUGGACACAGAAUCUGAUGCGACUAGACUGCAACCGUGGAGCUGGAUAUACCCGUUGUGACUCGCGAGUCGCGAGCGCCCAACUUGGAGUUUGUUGCACCACUUACUACAGAUCGGAACCUGCUCUGGGAUCAUAGUGACGCCCUAAGCUGGUGGGACCUAACGGCAACAGACUCCUCCGUGGUGCGUUUGACGAUACUGGUUCUAUAGCUCGUGGAUUGAAGCACCUGCUUCACGACUGAACAUGGCCGGUGUUGCAGAAAUCCUCACCAGGCGUGUAGGUCUCGCUCUGGAAUUCCUCCAUGAUGGGGCAUCAUAUACCCCCAGCGAUGUCUCGGCCGAUGCGCCCUCAAUGCAAAAACGUGUGUCUAUACCUUGCUGCAACAGCACCAGUCCAGCAGGCUUAAUUGAAGCUCAUACGCGAGAUCCAUGGGAAGAUUCUGGCAAGUACGCUUUAGGCUGGGUAUGGUUCAGCAUCAUUCUCUUGGUAGCAACGGCAAUAAUACGGUGGUACCACUUCUUUGGCGACAAGGUGCGAAUAGCUGCACACAAGGAAUCCAUUGAAAACCUCGCCAUGAGUGCGUCCCCAGCCACCGACUAUGAGCUAUCCGCUCUGGCGACAGAUCGAUCGACACGCAAGUUCUUUUCACUAGAACAGCCGGUUCCAAAAGCGCCAUUGCCAGAAGUCGAGCAGCCCUCUAUGCCGUGGAUUCUCAAAAACACAUUGGCGGCCUUUCGCUACGUUCUCUAUCGACCCAUACCGAGUCUGCGAGUGCAUAAGCAGCUCAGACCAAUCGUCUUUCCCUCGGUUGGAGUAUGCCUCAUUGCCCUUGCCGCGCUCGCGUUCACGCUGCUUUAUACGUUUAUACCACAGCCACUAUACUGGCAAUCAAUACAAUUCGGGUCUCCACCGCUUGCGAUCCGAUCUGGGAUGAUUGCCGUAGCUUUGAUGCCCUGGAUUGUUGGAUUGAGCAUGAAAGCCAACCUCAUCUCGCUACUCACUGGAAUCGGCCACGAGAGAUUGAAUGUGUUGCAUCGCUGGCUGGCUUACAUCUUUCUCAUCCUGAGCAUUAUACACACAGUGCCUUUCUAUGUCACUCCAGUCUGGGACGACGGAGGCAUGCAAGAGUUUCAUCGUCUGCUGCAAGCUCAACAGUCUGGCGUGUACAUCUAUGGCACAGGAAUUGCUGCUCUCGUGCCCGCAAUCUUUCUCUGCGUGCACUCGCUUGGACCCCUUAGACGCAAAUUCUACGAGCUCUUUGUCGUCGUGCAUGUUCCCGUCUCCAUUGCACUGCUAGGACUCCUCUUCUGGCAUUGUCAUAAUUACUUGACCUCUUGGCACUAUCUGUGGGCGACCACUGCGAUAUGGCUCGCAUCCUAUAUUUUUAGGCUUCUGUAUCUCAACUGGACCAAUCCAUUCCAGAUCUCUUGGGGCAUAGGCGAGGAGGCUGCGGUGACCGUAUUGGAAGACAAUGCAGUCAAGGUCACAAUACCAACUCGAGUUCGUUGGAAGCCCGGCCAGUACAUCUACCUCCGCAUGCCUGGUGUUUCUCUUUUCGAGAAUCACCCCUUCACCAUCGCCUCGCUCUGUAGUGACGACUACCCUUCCGAGUACGGAGAACAAUACAGAGACAUGGUGGUCGUCUUCCGACCUUUCGGCGGUUUUACCAAAAAGGUUCUGGACAGUGCAUUGGAUCAUGGACCAUGGUGGACGUAUCGCGCCUUCAUCGACGGGCCAUACGGUGGUAUGCGUCGCCGACUGGACUCAUUCGAGCACGUAGUCCUCAUCGCAGGAGGAACGGGCAUCACGGCCAUCGUCUCUCAGCUCCUCGAUCUCAUCAAACGCAUGCGAGACGGCAAGGCGGUCACGAGAUCGAUACACCUCCUCUGGGCGAUGAAGCGUCCCGAGACGAUGGAAUGGUUCAAAGAAGAACUUCGUAUCUGUCGCGAAUUCGCACCUCCUGAUACCGUGAGUUGUCAAUUCUAUAUUACAGGCGCGAAGCGUCAACAACAACAAACCGGAAACUUCGUCAGCGCAGCACAUCUGCCUGGUGGUAGACCUAGACCCGGACCUGUGAGUUCGCUCUUUCACGACAACAAAGUCUCAGACAUCUUUCACAAAAUCGCAAGCAACAACAAAAGCAAACAUUCCCUCAACUCAAACCCCAACCGCCGCUAUUCCACAGCUUCAAACACUCAACGACACUCGGCAUUAUCACUCGAAACCGAAGCCGAAGCCGAAGCCGAAGCAUAUGGAGAUUUGGCACACGAAAAAGAGCUUCGAGAGGAGAGUACAGAUCGCUUACGACCUCUUCCUGAGGCUCAUCUGAAGCCAAUGCGAAGCCCUCUAUCACAGAGGAUCCCUCCUCCUCCUCCUCCACAUCCUUCACAUCGUUCUGGUUUGCAACUUCAUGCUCCAGAUUUUUCUUCGUGCGCAUAUGCAGAAGGAGAUACACCGCAUUCUACUGCUACUGCUACUACUACUUACCCGCAUGAAAAGAGGAAGUGGAAACAACAGCUUUCUUCAUUGGAUACUACUUCUGCGGAGAAGAUGGCAAUACCAUCGCCACCACUGCAGGAGCAACAGCAGUCGCAAAUCCAGACCAAAGUUCCCCCGGCAGCAACAGCAGCUGCAGCACUGCAAGAUUUCGAUUUCGGCUUUCCUUCUACUCCAACUGAUUUUCAAAAAAAUCUCAUGAGAUUCGCCUUCCUACCCGCAACCAUCAAACCCCGUCUCCAAUCAACCUCAGCCUCAACAGCAGCAGCAGGCUGGAGCAUCGAAUGGGGCCGACCAGAACUCUCGUAUAUGCUCCAAGAAAUGAGCAAAGAAUGGAAUGCGGCGGGAAGCAAGGCGUGUGUGUUUGUGUGUGGGCCGGCGGGGAUGAGAAUGGAUGUGAGUAAGACGGUGGCGGGGUUGCAGAGUAAAGUUUUCAAGGGAGAGGUGGUGGAGGUUUAUUUGCAUGCGGAGAAUUAUGUGUUGUAAGACUUCCAAGAACUACGUGAUCGAUACCCAGGGUAGUCUUUAUACGGAGAGGGAGAUGCAGAUGGCUGGGAACGUGCCACGAGUGGAGAGAGAGAGAGAGAGAUGCAGGCUCGUGGAUUUGGGGAGCGGCGCUUUGGAAUCUGCCUAUAUCUGAGCUGCAACGGCUCAGGGAAGCCUCGAGUCUCUGCAUCUUCUCCCUCAGACACAGUUGAUGGACUCAAAUCAUGUUAUUGAUCGGUCUUCCACAAGCGUCCCAGCAGUGACUCGAAGGAAGUAGCAAGCGUUGCAAAGCUUCUAACAAGCCUUUUGAGACCAGCCGCUAACCCAGAAGCUUAAACUCAGGCUUCAGAUCAAUCUCGUUCUCAUGGCCGGCUUCAGCCGCCCACAACGUUGCUGUGCCUCUCUCGGGCACGCUCGAGUACCUCCUCUGAGAUAUAGCCAUAAGCAAGCAUGAUGUCGAUCGCCGUGAGGUAAGAUCAUCCCUGAUCAGCAGGUUGCAUUCUAGACUUCUCGACAGUCAUACAACACGUAAAGUGCUCCACCUGCUCCUCGUUGGCUAGACGCGAAGGUGAACCAUGGGUUUUCGCCUUCGCGCAUGAACUGCAUCGAUCACAGACACGGCCUCGCAAGUGGUCAAGCCACCCGAGGGCCAAGUGCAAUCAACACAUAAUGUGGAUCAGUAAGCACGCUGCUGUCCUACCGCCAUUCCAGGUACCGGAUUCGUGAAAGCUCCGGAUGCAGCUGCCUGACUACGUGCAUUGAGCUCGGUGAACCAGGGAUGAGCCAAGGCCUGUUCCGCAGACCAACGCCUUUCGGGCUGAAGCUGUAACAGUUGACUCAACAGGUGCAGACCUUGCGUAUCAAUUUGGGGCAGAAUGGCGCGGAGCUCUUGCGUAGCAUAGACGGGCCAUGUUUGCUUGUACUCGGCAAAACUACUGAUACCGGGCCAGCUGCGCUCGGAUGGGGUGCCCAUGAGCCGGAAGAUCUUGAGUAGCUGGUCUUCGUUUGUGGUGCCAGGGAACAGCGGUCGCCCAGUGAACAUUUCUGCCAUGAUACAACCAGCACUCCAGAUGUCGAUGCUGGUAUUGUACGUGCGACUGCCCAAUAACACAUCGGGAGCACGGUACCACAGCGUUACCACUUCGUUGGAGAAGGUAUUGACAGGAAUGCCAAAUGCACGUGCAAGUCCAAAGUCUCCCAGUUUCAGUUGUCCCUGUGCGUUGAUCAAGAGGUUCUGGGGCUUGAGAUCGCGGUGCAGGACACGGUUUUCGUGGCAAAAGGCAAUACCUCGUAGCAGUUGCCACAUGAAGCUCUUUACCGUGCCCGCAUCGAGUGCACCUCGGGUGCCGCCGGCGGGAUUUUGAUAGCUGUCCAUGUACUUUUUCAAAUCUUUGUCCAUGUACUCGAAUACCAGCAUGAGCUUGUUUUCGGUGUGGAUAACAUCGUACAAGCUGACAAUAUUCUCGUGCUUGAGCUCUUUCAUCAACGAGAUUUCGCGGAUUGCGGUGCUAGGUGUCCCCUCCUCGCUGUCCAGAUGGAUUUCUUUCAGAGCCACGAACUGGCCCGUCUGCCCAUUGCGGCCUUUGAAGACCGUAGCAUAAGUGCCUUCACCGAGCUUUUCCAGCUGUUGAAAGCUGGAGGGAUGGCGCUUGUCCAUCGGCUCAACCUUGUGGCUACCGCCUAGAGACCGCACCGAGAUGUUACUGUCGGUGCGGUUGUCGACGUUGAGGGUGCCGACGUGGGUCGGGUGCAGUCGGGUCUUGGGCGCCUCCUUGCCUGUAUAUGUCGGGUCCCAGAGAAGCUCUCGGGCAGUGGUCAGUUGAGCAGCAACGCGUGUCGCUCGCGAGAUGGGGUCGAGGUCGGCCGUGGUGGUGGUGUUCGCGGUGGUGAAGAGUGGGUGGUGGUGGUGGUAGUGGUGGUAGUGGUGG